GCCUGUUCUAUAUAUAGAAAGAGAUUUAAAUUUGGGGUCAUUCUCGGUUGGUUUGCUUUCUAGGUUAGGGUCUGUGAGAAAAGCCAGAUAGAUCUGAAACCGAACAGAUCGGAGGGUUGUAUGCAAUGGUUGGUAGUGGUGGCUCGUCUAAAUCAGUGGAAUCUGAGAGUGUUGUGGAGGAAACCCCUCCAGGGCUGUUGGCUAAGCAAGGUGAAGGAGAGGGAAGAACCGUAAGGGCGAGGGAUGAACAAACUGUGAUUCAAACUUAUCCUGAUUCAUCCCCUCAAUCUGAUCCAAUGGACGAGGUAAAGCCGAUCAGAGUAGAUGGUGUGGUCAAACAAUUCGAUCCUGUGAUUGGCUUUGGGAUCAUCUUUCCGAGUGUUGGCGACGACAUUCUCGAGGUCCACAGGUCCUCGAUCCGAGACGGGGGCGUUUUCGGUCUUGUGGAAGGUGAGUCGGUAGAGUUUUUUGUCAAGUAUACCAAAAAUCGUAUCAAAGCCGUUGACGUCACCGGCCCAAUGGAGUCCCUGACACAGGGUGCUAUCCGCCGCGACGGUGAUGGGUAUUAUGUCAACAAGGGAGUUAUUGGCGGUUAUGUGCUUGGGAUAAAGAGUACGGAGGUGGGGAUAAUGGCGGCUGCUGUGGGUACGGAGGUGGGGAUGAUAGCCCUUUAUCUGUAAUCAGAGGUUGGGAUAAUGGGUACCGAAGUGAGGAUGAUGACCCUUCACCUGUUAUCAAGGUGGCGUCUGUGGCGGGGGCGGUGGGGUGGGCGUCGGUGGGGGCGGCGUUGGCGGCGCUGCUUUGUAAAUUGCUGGGUGGGGCAUCUCUCCAGAGAGUGCACCGCUGAGAUUGAUUGAAAAUGAAGGGUAAAUGUGUGUGUUUAUCGUUUUACUCCCUUUCUUUUGCUGUUAGAAUUUCUCAAGCUUGAAAAAUAUUAGUAUGAAAAGUGUUGCCGUUAUAUGGCCUCCUCUAAACUGUGGUUUAGCUGUUGGCUAUCUUGGGUUUGGGAUAUCUGCUUUAUUGGUUAGAAAUAUUUGGAAUUUUAUUUGUGUCUUUAUUUUUGUGUAGAGGGGAAUCAAGAGAAGGUAAUUUUAAAAUAUUGUGGGUAUGCUACUCAAUCUUCAUAUAUAUAUAUAUGUACACACACAUACAUGUUGGCCUGAUCUUAAUGAAUUGGAGUUUUCUUAA